AUGAUUUAUAGGAUUGGUGAGUUUACUGAUGUUUUGAACGAUUUGGAAAAUGUCGAGGAGAUAGUGAUAUUCGAUAGUGAUAUCUUCAAUAAUAAAAUAAACUUACCCCAAGAUUCUGUAAGCUUCUUAAAUCUCAUAAGUAACAUAACUUUAACGUUUUGUAGCGAUCUCAAAGAGUUCGAAGAAUGGGCUUUCGAUAAUAUAGACAAGAAGUCAGGGCGGAUCGUAGUUUUCGGUUUGAUAGAUGAAAAUUUCUUAAACGGACAUGUUCUUAACUAUUGCUGCUAUUUACUUCUGAAGUUUAAUUCAAUAUUGGUAGAUCGAAAUGAACAUGCUCUAAUACCCAAUGUUCAUGAUGACGAAAUACAGGUAAGUAAAAUCUUGAAUAAAUGGAUAGCUUAA